AGGCAACUGGUUUGACAUUUUUAAAUCUGUGAUAAAAGUGUUAAAAAAACUUUUUUCCUUUCAUUAUGAAUCACAAAUAUUGUUUUGUAGUCACUACAUAAUGCGAUUAAUGUCGGAAAUUUGUUAUACAGUUAAUGUGUCUAAUAUUUAUUAAAUGAAAUGUGUUGUGAGUGUUGUUGAUUGUUUUCAAAUAAUUAGUGUCAUAUGUCAUAGUGAACGGAUGUUAGGAGAUCACAAUUAAAGAGUCAGCCGAGCAGCCGAUAGCGUCGCAAGAAAAUGAAAAGGCAGCUGGAGCAUUUAUUUUCCCUGUUAGUCCCUGGCCUCUUUCUUACACUAACAUCAACCGUAUUUUUAUGGCAAAAUGCAGCUGCUAGCUCGGAUGACACUUUUGUAUUAUCAACACAUGAUAUUACAAUUCUGGUGGGUGAUGUCGGUGCAUUUAACUUAGAAGUCAGACGACAGUUAGUUCAACCUGUACAGGUGAACUUCUACGCUGAACACAAGAGUCUUCUCAGAAUCAAACCAGCCGAAUUGGAAGUCAGUGAUCCUGGUUCCUAUAAUAUUAGUUUGAAAGGAAUAAAUCCAGGAUUCACUGUUAUAACUUAUAAUGUUAGCCAGAAUAAUGAGAGGAGAGAUUUAAUCAAUGUAUUUUUAUGGCAAAAUGCAGCUGCUAGCUCGGAUGACACUUUUGUAUUAUCAACACAUGAUAUUACAAUUCUGGUGGGUGAUGUCGGUGCAUUUAACUUAGAAGUCAGACGACAGUUAGUUCAACCUGUACAGGUGAACUUCUACGCUGAACACAAGAGUCUUCUCAGAAUCAAACCAGCCGAAUUGGAAGUCAGUGAUCCUGGUUCCUAUAAUAUUAGUUUGAAAGGAAUAAAUCCAGGAUUCACUGUUAUAACUUAUAAUGUUAGCCAGAAUAAUGAGAGAAGUUCGAGAGGAGAACAACCGGAUGAUUUUAUCCGGGUGAUUGUGCAGCACUCCACCUCUCUCGGUCUACUGUCCGUUGUGGUCGGAUGGAUAUAUUUUAUUGCCUGGUCGGUUUCAUUUUACCCACAAAUUUACUCGAAUUUUAGAAGAAAGAGUGUUGUUGGACUGAAUUUUGAUUUUGUUGGUUUGAAUCUUAUUGGAUUCUGCCUUUACACAGUAUUCAAUAUCGGGCUUUACUUCGUACCCACGAUUGAACAAGAGUAUUUUGACAGGAAUCCACGUGGUUUAAAUCCUGUUCAAAUAAAUGAUGUCGUAUUUUCAGUACAUGCUGCGCUUGCGACCUUUCUAACAAUAAUUCAAUGUAUUUUUUAUGAGAGAGGAAACCAAAGAGUAUCAAUAAUAGGUUCUAUUCUGAUGGGAACAUGUUUCAUAUUGGUGAUAGUAAGCGGUUCUCUCGCCGCCAGUUAUGUUAUAGAGUGGCUAGACUUUUUAUAUUAUUGUAGUUAUAUAAAAUUAGGUAUUACUUUAGUCAAAUAUAUACCACAGGCAUAUAUGAAUUAUAAAAGAAAGAGCACUGUUGGAUGGAGUAUAGGUAAUAUUUUCUUGGAUUUUGCUGGUGGUUUGACUAGCAUGUUGCAGAUGAUCAUAAAUGCCUACAAUUAUGAUGAUUGGAUUUCAAUAUUUGGUGAUCCUACUAAAUUUGGAUUGGGGCUAUUUUCCGUCAUUUUCGACAUAUUUUUCAUGAUACAGCAUUACGUCCUUUAUAGUUCUACAGAGAAAUCAAAGCCCGAGACAAUCAACACCAUCUGA